GGUACGACAGAGCGAGCUCGCGAGCUGUCUGCAAGGGUUGCGCGCGUGGUGGAGAACUAGUGGCUUUAGUAGAAUAACUAUUGGGUUUAGAAGAACUAUUGGGUUGUGUAGAACUACUGGAUUGUUCCGACAGGCUAAAGGGGAGACGACAAAGCGAGCGAGGUAGGGAGAGAGUUGAUCGCAAGGCAAAGCCAGGGGUUACAGAGGUGGGGGAACAGACACACUCAGAGACGCGCAACAAUUGAAAAGAAGAAGAAAUCCGAUGUGCACGGUUGGGCACGUACGGUGCGAAAUAAGUUCAACGUACCGCACUGAUAUAGCGCAGAGGCACGGGGUUAUAAUCGAGAGAUAGAGAGAGAGAGCGACGGAGAUAGGAGGACAGCGUUUUGUUGUCAACACAAACUUAAUACGAGAACAGAGAGAGAGACGGAGAACCGCGGGGAGACAGGUAACGGGGGUAGUUGGAGGGGUGGUAGAACAAAGCGGCAAAGUGAGACAGAACCAGGCAAUUGUCAAGCAAGAGACAGAAGGACAGCAAGGGAGAGAUACGGGGAGAGAGCCACAGACAGACGGAGAGAGAUGAAAUGAAAGGAUAGAGAGAGAGAGACACACGAAAAGCGAGAGAGAGAAUUUUUUAAAAAUAUAAUAAAAAAUAAAGAAACAAGAAAAGAGAGAGACAAAAUUUGAGAGAGACCUAGGCACACGGUCCGAGCAAGCGAGACUUGGCAGAGAGACACAGAAGCAGCAGAGACCCAGAUAGACACAGAAUCAGACCCCAGAGAGACAAAGUCGGGGCGGAAGCGAUGGAAGGAGCUGUCCCGUGCGAUUACUGCCUCGGAGGAUCAGCAGCAGCAGCAGCUGCCGUGAAAACCUGCCUCACCUGCUUGACCUCGUUUUGCGAGGAACACCUGAGACCACACAAGGAGAACGCUCUGCUCCGCACGCACCAGCUGAUUGAGGCGACGCGCAACGUGGCGGAGAAGCUUUGCCCGACUCACGCCCGAGUCCUCGACUUCUUCUGCGAGCGCGAGCAGCGGCCCCUUUGCCACGAGUGCUCCCUUGGCUCCGAGCACCGAACGCACCGGCACACGGCGCUGGAGGAGACGUGCAGGGCCAAGCGGGUGCUCGUGGAGGCAAGGGUGAGACUGGUGGACAAUACUUCUGGUCUCCUGCAGCAGGAGACCGCCACGCUGAGCGAGGACCACACAAAGAUCGUGAACCUCUCGGACCGGUACUCAUCUAAGUUGUCGAGGGCGUUUGACGAGGCUCGGACGAAGCUGUCUCGGCAAGAGGAGGAGGUGAUGGAGGAGCUGCGGAACGAGGCACAGCGAGCCCUCUCCCCCAUCGAGGCGGCCAUGGAAGAGCACGUGUCGGGCAUUGCGCGUCUCUGCCGCGUCAAGGACAGCCUCCAGGCUCUGCUCGCCUCGGAGGUUGACCCCCUCUCGUUCCUCAAGAUGCUGAAAGAUCAAGAUUUGAAUGAGAGCCUGCAGACCGGCGGUGCUUUCAGGAGGAGUGAGAACAUUGACACAACCUUGAAGCUGAUUGUGGAAAGGGCAAUUUCAUCGCUGAACUCAGUGACAGAAGGUUUGCCUACAGACAGGCCGGUUUCGACUCCACCACCAUCAAACAGUGACGUUGCUCCUGCACCGAUCCCGAUGGUCCCACAGACAUCCUUCACCGUGCAGGACCUCCUCAAAAUCGGAGCCUUCACCGACAUCCACAGAGGACUGUACGAAAACCGCCAGGUGGCCAUCAAGAUUCGCAAAGACGGUAUCACCAACGAGCAGCUGCUUGAGGAGGGGCGGAUGAUGGGCGCCUUGCGGCACGAGCGGCUGAUUAACCUGCUUGCCAUGGUCUCCGAGUCUCCUGCCAGCCUCAUCAUGGAGUUCAUGAGCAACGGAAAUCUCCUGACCUUCCUCGAGAGGAGAUCUUCCGCCAACCGUGACCGUCUCUACCUCAAAAUGGCUGCCGAGGUGGCCGAGGGGAUGCGCUUCCUGGAGGAGGAGGGCUGCGUGCACCUCGAUCUUCGUGCGGCCAACAUUCUUCUCGACGACGGCUUCGGCUGCAAGAUCGCGGGAUUCCAGCUCGUCCGCAAGCUCGCGGGCGAGGUGUAUCACAUCAGUGAAGGAGACAUGCUGCCCGCACGCUGGUGUGCCAUCGAGACGUUCACGACCAAAGUGUGGACGUGCAAGUGUGACUCCUGGUCUUUCGGGGUGCUGCUCUUUGAGAUUUACUCGGACGGCGCCCUCCCUUACAGAGGUAUGACGCACAGGCAGAUGGUGGAGCUGCUGAUGCAGGGAACCCGCCUAACGCGUCCAAGGCUCUGCCAUGAUGCCGUGCACAGCAUCAUGGCCUCCUGCUGGCAUGAGGACCCACACACGCGUCCCGACUUUGGCGAGAUGUCCACCUCCCUGAGCUCCCUCAUCGGGGCCUAAGCUCCACUUUAGGGUCGCUAUCUUUUCCACUGUAAUCCAAGCCUCGUAUACAGGAAGCCGUUUGUUUAAUUCCGACCGUGAUGCCUUCAUAUUUGAAGUUUGCACGUACUCUCUCUCUCCCCGCGCUCACGUGAAUUUUUCUCUGGGUGCUGUGGUUUUCCCCUCCACAUUUAAAACCAUGAGUUUGGAGUACUUACUUACCUGCUAUGAAUUUCCACGUGAUAAGCCACUUCGUUGAGCUGUCAAAUGUGGCCAGGCCAUUUCUGGAAAAAAAGAGCUAUAAAGCUCAGUGGGCCCUACCUGAUAAAAUAAAAAAAUAGUUUAAAAUAGUUUUUAAUAGAUGUUGGGUUUCAUGAUUAAAUCAGAGUCCCAAGUCCUCUUCUUGCAUUUGUUAUCAGAGGUCAAUAUCCAAAUCGCCUGACCGCUUUAUUUUUGUACAGGAGCGAGUUUAAGUGAUUUUCGUGAGCAGUGCACGUUCAGAUCGCAUAUACGUUAAGAUGGCGUACAUGGUUAACAGGGGAUCGAAUAAGCGGUGCGUUUUCAAAACAACAUUACUGAUGCAGGUGCAUGCUACCGCGGAAGGAGGUGGCAUUCUUUGUGGAUAAUUUAGAGGUCAUCGCGUUACUUUAAGUCGGGUGAUCACGAGGUCCUCCUCCUCUUCGAAUUAUGAGCUGUGUGACCCUUCCCAGGCUAGCAUCCUUGUUCGCAAGCUUCACGAGUCAUAAUUGAAAAAAUUAACCUGUAAAAACCAAGUUUUUCACUAUAAAUCCUUUCUAUGCGUGGCGGCUAGAGUCCUCUCGUCCUCUGGCUUGAGAUGGCUGCCACCUAUGGGUCAGAUGAUUGCCUGCCACCAUUAAGCAAUUGGUAAUUAAAAAUAAAAAAAAAAUCCUAAAAAGUGUAAAGUUUUGGGAGAAAAAAAUUCACGAACAUUAAUUGUCUCGCACAACGAGUCUGUGUGCAAAAUGUCAGCUCGAUUGGAUCACGGGAAGUGGGUUAAAAAACGACGGAAAGAUUUGCACGGUCGUAAGCAAGCACGCAAGCACGCACGCACGCAAGCACACAAGCAAGCGAACUUAAUAUAAAUGAUUUAAAAAUGAAUCGAGCGGGACAGAUUCACGUUCAUUAGAAUGCACAACAAAUAAGUCGUGCUGCAGCUGCGGUGUGCACACCGGUCCUUUGUGUAGACAAAUUAACGAAUUAGCUGUCGGACAUCACAUUAAUGCUGUUUUAUGUUAAUGUAACUAAUCUAUGUAUAGUUAUAUUAUGCAACUUGCAUGCCGAUUAGCUAUAAAGUGGAUGAUGUUGGAAUAUAUCUUCAGCGUUGAUCCAUAGUCUGCUCCGAACUCAUAGUUGUAUAGUUGUUCGUAAAGGGAAGAAUGAUUCGAUUGUUGAAAGUACGUUGUAAGCCCGAUGUGUGCGUGACUUUAACACAUUCCUGCGAGGGAGCUGGUAGGAACGUUGGGUUGCUCGGUCAAUGGCCAGGGUCAACGGCGGCGUGGUGUAUUCCGCAAAUAUGCCCGACUGUGAGGGCGGGCACAAGCCGGCGUGAGUAGGUUAAACGUUGAGUUUUAUAAGGGCACCACGGGGUGACCAGCCCCUCCCCACCCAGCCCCACCACUCCCACCCCCCACCCAGCCCCACCUUCCCCACCCAGCCCUUCCCCACCCAGCCGCUCC